AUGGCCGACUCGUUGAACAUGAACGGUCUCACUCUGAAUGAGUCGAAACACGCUCCGGCCGGUUCCAUGCCCGGCGGUCGUACCUACAUCCCUCCUCAUCUGCGUGGACAGGCUUCCCGCGGUCCCCCAGUGAUGAACGUGGAUGGUGCUGGUGCUGGUCCAGCGCCAGCUGCCGCUGCAGGCCCCGGCUUGAACGGCAGUGCAUGGGCAAGCAACAACAACGCCAGCGCCAAUGCAAAUGCCAACGCCUCUGGUGGCGGAUGGGCAAAUGCUCAAGAUUUCAAGCCUGCACCUUCUUCCAACGGCUGGGCAGGACACGGUGCGCGCCCAUUCAACCCUAAUGCCUACGGUGCUCCCGGAGGUGGUUCAGGUGGCGGAAGUCAUGGAGGCCAUGGCGGCGGCUCUGCUCGUGGCUCUGGAGAUGGACAAUGGCGAGACGGUCAACACAUCCCAGGCCCUGCCAACCCAAAGGUCGAGCGCGAAUUGUUCGGCGUUCCAAAUGACCCGACCAAGGCCCACACUGGCAUCAAUUUCGCCAACUACGACGACAUUCCUGUCGAAGCCAGUGGCCACGACGUACCAGAACCUGUCAACACUUUCACCAAUCCUCCACUUGACGAUCACCUGAUCAGCAACAUCAAGCUUGCACGCUACACAACUCCUACACCUGUCCAGAAGUACUCUAUCCCCAUCGUUAUGGGUGGACGAGAUCUCAUGGCUUGUGCCCAGACUGGCUCUGGCAAGACCGGCGGUUUCUUGUUCCCGAUUCUCUCCCAAGCCUUCCAGACCGGCCCGUCUCACGCUCCCACCUCCGGAGGUGGUUUCCGCCAGAGAAAGGCAUUUCCAACAUCACUGAUCCUUGCCCCCACCCGUGAACUUGUCUCCCAAAUCUACGACGAAGCACGCAAGUUCGCCUACCGCUCCUGGGUCAGACCAUGCGUUGUCUACGGAGGUGCCGACAUUGGUACUCAACUACGAUCCAUUGAGCGAGGCUGCGACCUGUUGGUUGCCACCCCUGGUCGUUUGGUCGACCUCAUAGAACGAGGUCGUAUCUCACUGGCCAACAUCAAGUACCUGGUUCUCGAUGAAGCCGAUCGUAUGCUGGACAUGGGUUUUGAACCCCAAAUUCGUCGAAUCGUCGAGGGCGAGGACAUGCCAACCGUCCAGAACCGUCAGACACUCAUGUUUUCAGCCACUUUCCCACGAGACAUCCAAUUGUUGGCACGUGAUUUCCUGAAGGACUAUGUGUUUUUGUCCGUGGGUCGCGUUGGUUCCACCUCGGAGAACAUCACCCAAAAGAUUGAAUAUGUUGAGGAUAAUGACAAGCGCUCUGUCUUGCUCGACAUCCUGCACACUCACGCUGGUGGCUUGACCUUGAUCUUCGUCGAGACCAAGCGUAUGGCCGACACUCUGUCCGACUUCUUGAUCAACCAAGGCUUCCCAGCUACUGCUAUCCACGGUGACCGCACUCAGCGCGAACGUGAGCGAGCCUUGGAAUUUUUCCGCAACGGUCGCUGCCCAAUCAUGGUGGCCACCGCUGUUGCUGCUCGUGGUUUGGAUAUUCCGCAUGUCAUGCACGUCGUCAACUACGAUCUUCCUACCGAUAUUGACGACUACGUCCAUCGCAUUGGUCGUACUGGUCGUGCUGGAAACACCGGUCUGGCAACCGCUUUCUUCAACCGUGGCAACCGCGGAAUUGUCCGUGAGCUCAUCGAACUCCUCAAAGAGGCUCACCAGGAGAUUCCUAGCUUCUUGGAAAACAUCGCACGCGAGAGCUCUGGCUUUGGCGGCGGCCGUGGUCGCGGCCGUGGUGGCGGUGGCCGUGGAGGUUCUGCAACUCGAGACAUGCGUCGUAUGGGCGGCGGUAUGGGCGGUGCUCCUUCAUAUGGCGGCGGCUUUGGCGGCUCUGGCGGCUACAGUGGUGGUGGCGGCGGCGGUAGCAACUACGGUGGGGCUCCAUCAUGGGGCAGUUCCGGUGGCGGGGCCUAUGGAAGCGGAUACGGAGGUGGCAGCGGAGGUGGUGGCUCGUAUGGCAACCCAGGCGGUGCUAACGGACCAUCAUCUUGGUGGUAA